AUGGGUAGAGCCAAAAACAAGAGCACCAAGCGUGAAGAAUAUCGCAAUGCGCGUAGUCAGGAGGGCGUGGCAGAGUUGCCCAGAAAGAAGUUUUAUCGCCAACGCGCUCAUGCGAACCCCUUCUCGGACCAUCAAUUAGUCUACCCUGCGAGCCCAGAGUCCAUGAAUUGGACGCAGUACUACCCUGCCUUCGCCGCCGAAGACGACAGGCCCUCUUUGGCUGGUGCGGCAUCCUCCGAUGCAACUGCCUUGGAUGCCUCGAAGCCAAAAACUUGUAGUUUGAAGAAAGACGUUGAAGUGGUGGACAUUGGGUGCGGCUUCGGCGGGCUACUCGUGGCAUUGUCCUCCAUACUGCCAGAAACCCUCGUUCUCGGCCUAGAGAUUCGCACUUCGGUAACGGAAUACGUCCAGGAGCGCAUCAAAGCCCUCAGAGCGCAGAAUCAGAAGGAUGGCUUAUACCAGAACAUUAGCUGCCUGCGCGCUAAUAGCAUGAAGUUCCUCCCCAACUUCUUCAAAAAGGCGCAGCUCUCCAAGAUCUUCAUCUGUUUCCCCGAUCCACACUUCAAGGCGCGCAAGCACAAAGCCAGAAUUGUGUCGACGACGCUCAACUCCGAGUACGCUUUUGCGUUGCGCCCAGGCGGCAUUGUCUAUACCAUCACCGACGUUGAACCCCUGCACCAGUGGAUGGUCGGCCAUUUCAACGCCCACCCUUCUUUCGAGCGUGUAUCCGAGGAAGAGCAGGGCGCGGAUGAGUGUGUCAAGGUGAUGACAUCGGAGACGGAGGAGAGUAAGAAGGUGACACGGAACCAGGGGCAAAAGUACGUGGCUCUGUUCCGCAGACUCGAAGACCCCCCAUGGUGA